UUCUUACAACAUGAAUUUGCCCAUUCUUCUCUUGUGCACCUUGGCCACAUUGGCCGCAGGUCAAUCCUCAACUUUCUCUCCUUUGAGACCGCCUGCAAUUCCAUUAGCAGUGAGGUCGCCUUACAUGUCAACUUGGCAACGAGCCGGCAGCGAUGGAGGGAAUGGAGGCUACCUCGCUGGACAGUGGCCCACAUUUUGGCCUGGCCAAGUGACAGGGUGGACCGGAAUGAUCCGAGUCGACAACUCGACUUACACCUGGAUGGGUGCUCCGAAGGACGUUCCAGAGCUCGUUACCCAGACUGCAUUCGAGUACACUUCUACGCGCUCGAUCUUCACCAUGACAGCAGGCCCUGUGCAAAUGAAGAUCACCUUCUUGUCCAACGUCACUCCUGAUGAUCUCCAAAGAUCUUCGUUGCCUUAUUCUUACAUGGACGUUGAGGUGCAUUCGCUCGAUGACGGAGAGCAUUCUGUUCAGAUCUACUCGGACAUCUCUGCCGAAUGGGUAUCUGGCGAUAGAGGUGCAGUGGCUGAGUGGUCAUAUGGUGACAUCGGUACCGACCCGGCGAUCUCAUACCACAAGGUGUUUCGACAACAACAACUCGAGUUUGCGCAGGUAGACGACCAGGCAGAAUGGGGAAAUUGGUACUUCGCUACCGCCAACACCGCUGGUGUCACAUUUCAAUCCGGGUCGGAUGUCGAUGUCAGAGGUGGCUUCAUCGAUAAUGGGAUUCUGUCCAACACCAAAGACACAAACUAUCGUCCCAUCAAUCAAGACUAUCCGGUCUUUGGUUAUGCAAGAGACUUCGGGAAAGUCGGAUCAGAGACUCAGGAUAUUCUAUUCCAGCUCAGUCUGCACCAAGAAAACUGCAUGCAGUUCCAAGGACAAAAAGAUACCGUAGCAAAGGUCCCAUGUCUGUGGAAUAGCUACUUCGCCAAUGAGACCGAAGCAGUUGCCCAUUUCUAUAAUGACUACUCCGACGCAAAGUCACUCGCCUCGGACUUCGACUCCAAGGUCUCGAAAGACUCCGAAGCCGCAGGUGGUUCUGAUUACGCCAGCCUGACUACUCUUGCUGCCCGGCAAGCCUUUGGCGCGAUCGAGUUCACCAACAAUCCCACGGACAUCCUCGUCUUCAUGAAGGAGAUUAGUUCAAACGGAAACAUCAACACGGUAGAUGUCAUCUUCCCAUUUCACCCCAUCGCCCUCUACACGAAUCCAAAUAUCUUGAAAUGGCUGCUUGAUCCCUUGUACAUCAACCAAGAAUCAGGCAACUGGCCGAACACUUACUCGAUCCACGACAUAGGUGCCAGCUUCCCGAACGCCACCGGUCACAGCGAUGGCAACGCAGAGUCAAUGCCCUUGGAAGAAUGCGGCAACAUGCUAAUCAUGACACUCGCUUACGCACAGCGAUCCAAAGACACCGACUAUCUCGCCAAACACUACGACAUCCUCAAGCAAUGGACCGGAUACCUUGUCGACGAAGCUCUCAUUCCUGCCGAACAAAUCAGCACAGAUGACUUUGCAGGCCCGGCCGUCAACCAAACGAACCUCGCCCUCAAAGGCAUAAUCGGCAUCUCCGCAAUGGCGCAAAUCGCAACCCUAACCUCUCACUCCGCCGACGCAGAUAACUACACCUCCAUCGCAUCCUCCUACAUUUCCCAAUGGCAAGACUUAGCCAUCUCCAAGGACGCUUCUCCUCCGCACGCCACUUUCCAGUACGGCAACGAGUCGUCGUACUCUCUGCUGUACAAUCUCUACGCGGAUGAAGAAUUGGGACUCGGACUGGUGCCGAAGGAGGUGUAUGAUUUGCAGAGCGAGUUCUACCCGACGAAGUUCGAGCAAUAUGGCGUGCCGCUUGAUACCAGGCAUCCUGCUGGGUACACCAAAGAUGACUGGCAGCUCUUUUGCGCGGCGGUCGCGUCGAAGGACACCAAGGACAUGUUCACCAAGACGAUCGCAAAGUGGUUAGGUGAGACGUUGACGAGUUUGGCGAUGGGAGACUUGCAUGAGACUGUCAGUGGGGACUAUCCUGCUGGGCUUCAAUUCGCUGCGCGACCGGUCGCGGGCGGAUACUUCGCGUUUCUGGCCUUGGACAGUGCGCCGAGCGAGUGA